GCUUCGGACUGGGACCAGCUCAGCUCGACUGGAGCGAUUUUGACCUAAGUGCUUACGCGGCCAGUGAGCUGGCCGAGGACAUUUCCAUACCCGUUGGAACCGAGUUCAUCGAGGUAGCUUUCGAAGCAACCGAUGGAGAAGCACUUGGCAAACUCUGUCAACAACCUGAACGCUACGUGAGCAAGGCGAUAAAGAAGGGCCAGACCGAAGCCAGUGUCAAGCACAUGACGAGCGAACAGAAGCGUCUGAUGAAGGCGGCGAAGCUUGUCGAAGUGCGCGACCGGAUCGCGAACGACGUACUGGAAAGACUUCUGGCACAUAUUAAACCAAAGACCGAGGACGUGCUCAAGACCAGGUGGGUGCUGACGUGGAAGAAGGACGAGGCGACUGGGAGCAGCCGAGCAAAAGCCAGACUCGUGGUUCUUGGAUACCAGGACCCCAGACUUGGUGAAGAACCGGUGGCAUCACCAACCAUGACGAGACGGGCAAGGAAUAUGAUCUUCCAACUUGCAGCCAUGGAGUCCUGGAGACUGAAGAAGGGCGACGUCAAGGCAGCUUUCCUACAAGGCAAGGGUCUCCCAGAGGACGAGCCUGUGUUCAUAGCAGCCAAUGAGGAGCUGGCGGAGGAACUGGGAUUACCGCUGGGCGCACUCGGACCGCCGGCGACGGUGGAAACGCUCUUCGGUAUAAACAAGUUGAUUCGACAGAUCAAGCUCGACACCAACUACACGCUGACUUUCGAGCCGUUCGAAGGAAAGGUACGGGCAUGGCUUUGCGUGGACGCGAAGCGCAUCUACGACUGCCUCGCCAAGCAGGUUCAGAUGCAGAGCCUAGCCGAGAAGCGGACCGCACUUGAGUUGAUGGCGUUCGAGCGCUGCAUCGAGGAAACUGGCCUGAUUGUGCGAUGGUGCCACUCGGAGGCCAACCUGAGCGACAGCUUGACGAAGGCUAGUGCCUAUGGACCAAUUGAACUCUACAUGCGUACUGGUAGCUGGGUCCUUCUCUAUGACGAGGAGCAGCUCAGUGCUAAGAAGCGAAAGGAACAUAUCACUACCUGA